CAGUUUGGAAUUUUAAGCAUGGUCCUAAAAAAAUAAUUGAACGAGGAUGUUCUAAUUAUUGCCAACCAUAUGUAAACGGCAAGCAUGGGUUUGAGGGUACUUAUGAAGAGCAUGUCGAAUAUAUUAGUAUGCGUCAUACUGAGAAUGGUGAAACUCCGAGUGGAAAAACAGGAUCUGAAAUCGCCUAA